AUGACUUUACUCAACAAAUUUGUCUCUCUCCUAGGCAGGAUCCCGUGGCAUUCUGGGGAGCCAGAGUUUGCUGCUGUGUCUCGUGAUGUGCUGAAUAUUCGCUACACCCUCCUGCCGUAUCUGUACACACUGAUGUACGAAGCUCACGCUCACGGAAACACUGUGGUCAGACCCCUGCUGCACGAGUUUGUCACAGAUGAAAACACAUGGAAGAUCGACAGGCAGUUCCUCUGGGGUCCGGCUCUUCUGAUCACACCUGCUCUGGACCCGGGUGUUACUGUGGUCAGGGGCUACAUGCCAAACGCCCGCUGGUACGAUUACCACACGGGUGAAGUUGUUGGAGUGCGAGGACAGUUUGUGGAUAUGGAUACACCAUUAUCAAAGAUUAACCUGCAUGUGAGAGGAGGACACAUCCUGCCCUGGCAGAAAGCAGAGACCAACACACACUACAGUCGUCUGAAUCCUCUGGGUCUUCUUGUUGCUCUUGAUGAUGGAGGAUCAGCUCAUGGAUCCUUGUUCUGGGAUGAUGGAGAGGGAAUUGAUACUGUUCAGAAUAAGCGUUUUCUCUUUACGACUUUCACUGCAUCUUCGGGUGUCCUCACCAGCGCGGUUCCCACUGACGGUCUGUCUGAGGUCGACAGGUUGACUCUGGGUCUGGUGAAGGUGUGGGGUGUAACAGCGCCCGUCACUCGUGUUAUCAUGAGCGUGACUGGACAGCCUGACGCAGACCUGACCUUCACAUAUAACGCUGAGGUUCAGCAGUUGCAGUUUGAUGCGACAUCACAAUCUCACAGCAUUGAAAAGCCUUUCACAAUCAGCUGGAACACAGCUUAGACUCGGAUCGCACGAUUAUUGACCUUUAUUUACCAAUGUUCAGUCAACUAGUCCUUUAUUUAGCAUUUCAUCCGGGAACUUUUUAUCAUCUGGAUUUGAAAUGAUUUCUUCUGAAAUAAAUGUUUUGGUUUUGCAUCUCAUAUCGACAAUCACAGCUUAUUAAGGAAGAAAACCUCU